UGCUGGGCGGGAGCUGGCGGCGGCGGGGGGAAGCAGCGCUGGCGCCGUCGCCUCGGGCCGGGCUGAGGGCGCCGGCCGGGUCUGUCCAGGGGAAGGAGUGUCGGGGAGACCCGUGGUGUGGGCCCGGAGCCCUUGUGCAGAGCCGCGCUGCCGCUCGGGGAGAUGCCGGCGGCCUCUCCGGAGCCGGGCCCGCCGCGCUGGGCUGGCAGCCCUCGGGGAGCUGUCGGCGUCCUCUCCGGAGCCGGGCCCGCCGCGCUGGGCUGGCAGCCCUCGGGGAGCUGUCGGCGGCCUCUCCGGAGCCGGGCCCGCCGCGCUGGGCUGGCAGCCCUCGGGGAGCUGUCGGCGGCCUCUCCGGAGCCGGGCCCGCCGCGCUGGGCUGGCAGCGCUCGGGGAGCUGUCGGCGGCCUCUCCGGAGCCGGGCCCGCCGCGCUGGGCUGGCAGCCCUCGGGGAGCUGUCGGCGGCCUCUCCGGAGCCGGGCCCGCCGCGCUGGGCUGGCAGCCCUCGGGGAGCUGUCGGCGGCCUCUCCGGAGCCGGGCCCGCCGCGCUGGGCUGGCAGCCCUCGGGGAGCUGUCGGCGGCCUCUCCGGAGCCGGGCCCGCGCUCGGAAGCGCGCCGGAGGAGCGGGCGGCGGCGCGGGGCAGGAGCGGCGGCCUGGCGGGUCCCGGAUAAAGGUCUCGUUUUACCCGCAGGUGGGGGAAGAAGAACAGAGGUUCCUCUUAGUUUUGCAUCACGCUACAGUUCCGAUCCCUAACGACCAGUGAGCUUUCACGAGUGGGCUGUUGGGAGUUUCUUCUGAAGAUGUACAUGUUGGUUGAAAAUCGCACAAGUUCCCAUCUUCACCUGAAGAGGUCACCUGGCAUCCGAUCUUGGUCUCUCUUUGUUGGAGUAGCCUCCAUAGGUUUGGCUGCUGCUUAUUACAGUGCAGACAGCUUGUUAUGGAAGCUCUUCUAUAUGGCUGGGUGCUUCUUUGUGGCAGCACAGAACCUGGAGCAGUGGGAGGAAGCUGUAUUUGAUAAGAAAAAGGGAACAGUCUGCCUAAAAACAUUCAAUCUUUACAAGAAAAUACUGACCUUCUCAAAAGGAGGCAACGAGCAAGUUGUGGCCAUACUGAAUGAGAUCCGUGAUGUGAACGUGGAAGAGGAGACGGUGCGAUACUUUGGGAAGGGUUACCUGGUUGUGCUACGGUUUGUCACUGGAUUUUCACACCCACUGACUCAGAGUGCAGUCUUGGGCUGCAGAAGUGAUGUAGAAGCAGUUGCCAAACUCGUUACUAGUUUUCUGGAACUGAACAGAUUAGAGAGCCAAGAAGAUCUCUCUGAGAGCAGUGAAACAGAGGCCAGUGAUGCAGAUGAGCCACAGCAUAAAUAUUAAUAGCCACCAUGAGCUGAAGAAAAUACUGGCUUUAAGACAUCUGGGAAAUACUGUUCUUCAGAACAAGAAAUCUCUCACAGUUUUGAUCUGGGCAUUUCUCUACAUGUGCAUUUACAAUGGGAGCAAUCUGUCAUAUGGCACGGUCUUUAGUGCUAAACUGCCUCCAGAUCCACAUACAACAGUGCUGUUGUAGGGUCCAAAGCAAAUUCUGUUCUACUUCCUGCCUGUGGACCCUGCUGGCUUUUGAACUUUGCAUUUACUCCUUUCCCACUAAUGAGGUGGAUACACAGAUGUAAACUUCUGCUUAUUGCAAACACCUGCUGGAGGUCCAGUAUAUGAAAUGCAGAAGAGAUGACUCGUAACACAAUGCUUAGAGGUUUUUCCUAUUGUUAUAAAUGACUCAGUGUAUUGCUAAAUUGGUUUUAGGCAGCUUAAUAUAUGCAAUUAGGUGAUGCAGAGUAGUGGCAUCACCUUGUAUUCUCUACUACUGACUUCUGUUAGACACCAGUGGAAAAUGAAGUUUGAGUGACUGUCUUGGAAUAAGAAACACCAGGAUGAUCAACUUGUUACUUGACACACUUCACUUGGAUUUGCUAAGGAGCCAUAUAUAGCAAACAAAAAAUGAUCAUGGUGACGAUUUAACAUCUUUGGGAUGUUCUAGCUUAAUCCUGUUCUGCUUAACUGCUGGGCAUAGACUGCCCCAAAGACAGAGUAACUUUCUCUUAGAUCUCAAUGUUUACUAUUUUAACUGUAUUUAGCAAGGAAGAAAAGCAUAUCUGUUACCUGUAAGUAGUGAACAGAGUGUCAAAUGACAUGGUAGCCUAGGUUUGGUUAGUAUUUCCUCACUUGAAAUGAUACUGAAGUAGUAAAUAGUAACUUAUUUUGUUAAGAUAGCUGGGAUAGAUCCAUUUGCCUCACACCCAUCUUCUGCUCCAUGUGUCUCGUGUCCUCUGUUCUGACCAAUGACUUCACAAAGAGUUAAAACAUGAAUUUUCCAAGACAUUUUCUGAAGUUAAAGCUACCUCUGUUACUCACUGGGUCCUGUCUAGAACUAAAACUUCAUCAUACCUAGAUUGAUGUGGCAGUACAAGAAAAAAGCUGUAAAGAGCUGAAAGUUCCUUCAAUGUGCUAAAGCUGCCUGCAGCAAAGCUCACUGGGUUUUGUUUAGGAAUUGCAUUGUCUUAAGACCCAAAUUACAGCUACUUAAGAGAUCUGGGUGGGGAACCAGGCCACUGUGUGGUCUGCUUUCACAUUUGGCCAGCAGAAAAUGUCUUUUGGCAGUGGUUUCUUCAGGAUUUAAAAAGAACCUGUGUCCUUGGUUUGAAGCACUCCACAGUGCUUUUCACUGUGAGGGUGAUGGAGCAGAAGCCCAGGCUGCCCAGAGGGGUUGUGGAGGCUCCUUCCUUGGAGGUCUUCCAACACCCACCUGGACAUGUUCCUGUGUGACCUGAUCUAGGUGACCCUGCUUCUGCAGGGAUGUUGGACUGGAUGGGACUAAGGGUCCCUUCUAACCCCACCAUCUGUGAUUCUAUGAUUAUACAGAAGAGAAAGCUGUGAGAAGACCAGAGGAAGCUGAGUCCUGUUAUGUGUUCAGCUAUAUCAGAAACUGAAACACAUGCUUCUCUGACCAAAGGACAGGAUGUACCAAGAUUUCACUUCCAUCUGUUUAGACCUGGAAACUCCUGGAGAAACUGGCUGCCCAUGGCUUGGAUGGACCUGUUCUAACAGGAGUGGAAAACUGGCUGAAUGGCUGGGCCCAGAGAGUGGUGGGGAAUGGAGCUACACCUAGGUGUUGGCUGGUCACCAGUGGUGUUCCCCAGGGCUCAGUGCCGGGGCCUGUUCUGUUUGACAUCUUUAUCAAUGAUCUGGAUGAGUGGAUUAAGUGCACCCUCAGUAAAUUCACAGGUGACACCAGGCUGGGUGGGUGUAGAGAUCUGCUUGAGGGCAGGAAGGCCCUGCAAUGGGUUUUUGUUGGAGUUUUGAGGGAAGAGGUGUGGAUUUUCUGGCUUUGAGUGAUGGGAACUGCUGGGGUUUGGUUGAUGAGGGAAGGGGAAAAAGUGGGUUUUAGGUGGACUUCAGGUGAAAAGGGUUUUUUAGGUGGACUUUUGAGGGGAGAAGAAGUUUUCACAUGGACUUGUGAGGGGAAAAAGUGGGUUUAGGUGGAAAUCUGAGAAAAAGUGUUAUUUUGGUGUAUAUUUUAUUUUACAACUUUUAAUUUACAACUUUAUUUUGUAGUAUAUUUGAACAGUUGUAAUAUACAGAAACAGAUAAACUACAGUUGGGCAGGGCAGGAGUUGGCAAUUCCUCUUGUUUCUCUGUGCAGAGAGGAGUGGAGGCAUCCAGGACUUUGCAGUGCCAAGGACUCAAGGAGGUGUCACUGGUGCAGAGGGGUGCAGGGGGUAGAUGUUGGUGAGACACAGGUGCUGGAACCUCCUGCCAAUCAGGCUCAGGGCUCUGUCCACUUGUUGUGGGAGGCCUGGAAGACAACAACCCCACUCAAAGUCAGCAGCACAGGUCAGCUGAGGAUACCUCAUCCCCGCCAUGGGAAGCAAUGCAGCUGCCAGAAGCCUCCUGUGCUGCAUCAACAGGUUCAGUUGGAACACAUUGGCCAUAGAACCUGAUAUCCAACCAAUGCAAGCAGCUCACACCCCCAGGCCCCAGCUGCAACAGCUUUGGCCUCCAGCAUGAACCCAACUUACUGGCAGACACUUUUCAGCCACAGCUCCUCCAACACCCUUCCCAGCCCAGACUGCCUGUGCUGAUACACGUCCCACAGCUGCUCCUGCAAGCUCAGAGGCAUCCUGCAAAAGGAGUCGGUUCAGCUCCAGCAGCCAGAGCUGUUCAAAUGCCUUCUGAGCCCCAGAGCAGAGGCUUCCCUUGCCCAGGCCACUUGCCACAUCCCUCUGCUGGAACUGCCCUCAGCAGAACACUGGUGAAAGCACCGGCCUCAUACAGCCACUAAAUCCAUUUCUAACCUAAUCCAGGGACCCAAGCUGCAUCCCAGACCCUGACUAAAGAGGCAUUCCUCUUACCUUCCAUGUGACAGGCUUUGUAGGCCUGGACACGAGGGAGGGCUGAGAUGGAACAAACACCUUGAUGGAAGGGACAAGAAAGCCAGAGUCAGGGAGAGAAAUGCAGAUCCAACACCACCGUGCCCUGGGGCUUCUGCCCAGAUUCCUGGCUCCCACAGCUCAUUCUGAGGGUGCUUUGGACAGGCAGCUGGAACGUGAGAGGCAGAAGAUGGCUCUAUAGGGCAGGGCAGGAGACAUGAGCAGGCCACGGACUGCUGACCUUUGGCAUCUCUCUUGCCCAGACAACCACGUUGUUUCCUUCCUCGGGCACAGUUUUGGCCAGUCCCUGACUUCCUCACGGGACAGCCAGUGUCCAGCAAGUCCUUGUUAGCCACAGUGACACCUGCAGGACAGGCACACGUGUCAGCACCCACACAGCCCACACAGUGCAGCUCCCAGGCACCAGCCCCAGAAAAGAGAUCCUGUCACAGAGAGGUGACACUGAGCACUUGCCACACAUGUGCUGGGACACUGCUCCAUCACGUUCCCCAGGAUGUCAGAAGGGGCAAAGUCCCAGCACACAGAGCCCCUUGAUGCCUGGGGAGAAACCAGCUCACCCCUGGGAAUGCAACAGGAGGAGCCUGGGGAGAAACCAGCUCACCCCUGGGAAUGCAACAGGAGGAGCCCCGAGAGCGCUUGAAAAAGGAGGAGAAGACCCGGCAAGAACUGGAGAAGGCUAAAAGAAAACUUGAUGGUGAAACAACAGACCUCCAGGACCAAAUAGCUGAGCUGCAAGCCCAGAUUGAAGAACUGAAGAUCCAGCUGGCCAAGAAAGAGGAAGAACUUCAGGCUGCUCUUGCUAGGUCAGAGCACAGUGUUGUUUAUGGCUACAGAGGUGUGGUAGAAAGCUGCUUUCCCAGACAGAAUUACAGCUGGCUGCAAAGACACCAGAGCUAGGAAUGUUGUCAUAUUUGUGCUAGAGCAUCUCCAGACAGCUGUGCUGUACAUUAGACAUGGCAACCAAAGCAA